AGUCGUUCGUCGCUGCCCGACCCAACCGGCCGAUAAUACCUUAUCAGCAACUGAUAACAACACUCAGUGACAGUAUUCGUGCACCUGUGGACUAGGACAGUGCGCCAAAAUGGUGGCUCAAAACAGUUUGGAAGUGGGCAUGAAGUGCAUAAAGUAUAUGCUGUUUUGUGUCACUGCAAUUUUUGUGAUCACAUCAGCCCUCAUAAUCUCAGUGGGCACCACGAUCUACGCGAUCUACCAUGAUGUGUCCUUCUUCCUGGACCCCCAUUUCUUCUCGCCAGCCACGCUGGUCAUCGUCAUUGGGGUCAUGAUGCUGUUUAUCUCCAUGUUUGGAUGCGUUGGGGCGUGGAGGGAGAGCACUUGCUUGGUUAACAUUUUCGCAGUAAUCCUGAGUCUGGUGUUCAUCCUGGAGGUGGCAGCAGCCAUUGCCGCCUACAGCCUACGCUCGCAAGUCAUCGACAUGCUCGAUGACCGUCUGCGCAUCGCCUUGCCUUACUAUUAUGACAACCAAGAGGUCACCGAUGCCUUCGACUUCAUUCAGAACAGGCUGAACUGCUGCGGCGUCGACACAUAUUUCGACUGGCAUGCAGUGGAACCACCACAGGGCACCAACGGCAUCGUCGUCUCCAACAUCACCGUACCCAACUCUUGCUGCGCUGAGUCCCACUACACCGUGGUCGAAGAUGUUACCGUUGCUGAGUGUACUAAGCUGUUCGCCAAUGGAUGUCUCCCGAGGGUCAUAUAUCUGGUGUAUCAGAGCGCUGGGUUGUUGGGCGCUGGCGCUAUGACCAUCGCUUUCAUCCAGUUGAUUGGCAUCAUAUUCUCCUUCUCACUGGGCAGCGCUAUCCGCAAAGCUAAGACCGAACGCGAACGCAGGCGUCAAGAGAUCCAGAGCAGCGUUAUCAACUCGCACACCUCUCUCAACCCUGACGGAGAAAAAAUCAAGCCGAUUGUCUAUGUCCCGUUCUACGGACAAACAGAGACCGCCGCGUAAUGGCUGAAUGAAAAGUUUCCUUUGUUUUAUCGAUAUUUUUUUUAAAAGGUUUAUUUUUCUUUGUGUAACAUUCCGUCCUUUAAAACAAAUAUCGCUAAAAUAAAUUAGUCUAUUUUUAAUGUAAGGUUUUAAUUAAUUCACAUUUUAUUAUAUGUAUUAAACUAUUGCCAUAGGAUAUAAUUUGUGAAUGAGCUAUUGUAAUAAUAAUAGCAUUGGAAAUGAAUCAAAUCAAAUUUGAAUCGAGGCCAAAGUAUUUGUGAGAAGAGACAUCAUAAUAUCAAUUGUAAUUAUCAAGACACAUAUUUAAAUAAUUAUCUAAUUAAGAUUACAAAUCAUCACUUAUUUUUAUUAAAUAAAAUACCUAGUCAA